GAAAUGCUGGGCGUAUAAUUGAUUCUGCCCGUAUUGCAGUAAGUAAAAGUGUUAAUAUUUCAUAAGUUAGUGUAACCUGAAGUGAAGCUGAAAGCCUGUGUUUUUCACAUACUGAAUAUCAGACAUAUACCAAUGUGAUCUGGCCUUUACUAACAUAGUCUUAUUUCAUACAUGGAAUAAUCCAUCUUUACCUAUAAAUUGUGCUAAAGAGUAACUAUAAGUUGUGUUCUCUGUGAAGUAUUAAGUAAGUCAUGAUUGCAAUGGCAGAAACUGCAGAGUACCUCUGGCCUUAUCUGAAACUGGCCAUUGAUUGUAUACAGUUCAAGAGUAAUGUUUCUUGCAUUGUACUCCAACUCCAUUAAAUGUCCUUAAAAUAAAAUUGCUUUAUAUAGUACUGAAGUUUCUAAUAAUUCAGUGGGUUUAACUAAUGUGUGAUAACUGCAUUUGUUCAUUUCAGGUGAGUAAACUUGAAGCUGUGGGGUACAAGCCAAUUUUAUUUAUUGGCAAGCCAAACAAAAGGGCUUCAAAUAAAUGUGUUGCAGAUAUAAUUACCCAUCUGCACCCCACUCCUGUCACUAAAACUCUUUUGGAUAAGAUGCGGAGGGCCUAUGAAUUUAUCUUGACAAAAUCAACCUCCUCAGCACAGCAACCGGAGGGUCAAGCGGCGGCGGAGGGUCAAGUGGCGGCGGAGGGUCAAAUGGUGGCGGAGAGUCAAGCGGCGGCGAUUCAAACCAAGGAGUCUCAGACUAUAUUUGUUCUUAACCUUGUUCCUCUGUCUUCCCCACUCUCUCCAACAUCUCUCUCUCCUACUUCCUCUUCUACUUGUACAACUAUUCUUCCUUCACUUUCUUCCCCACUUUCACUGCCAUGCUCUGAGUCUUUGCGACAAAUUAAACGGACAAACACCUCUACCUCUUCACACUAUUCUCCCUGUGUCUCUCCUCCAUCUCUGUCUGCCUCUUCCAUCUCCACGUCUUUGAGUCAGGAAGGGCCACGUGUGAAGAACAGAAGAAAAGGUUGCCGAAAAUGUAGUAGGCAGAAGGUUUUCCAGUUUGAUCAAAUAACUGGGGAACGGAUAAAUGAGGUAAAAUGUGUUCUGUUAGGCUGCUUACUUUUCUAA